GGAAGACAGAGCUCAGUCACUUCUGCCUUCGACUUCGACAACAGAGUAGACAUACUUCAAAGUUAAAUACUCUGAAGCAAAGAAAUGGAUAACACGGUACACCCAAACAUUCCACAGGAAGACGCACCUGGAUCAAAGAAAAAGAAGAAAAAGAAGAAGAAAAAAAAGCGUAAGGGAGAAAAGCAGAAAGACCCAAAUGAUGCAACUGACAUUACAACGGUUCCUGUUAUGGAAUCAACUUUAAAUGUCAGGCCAUUCAACACCACUAAAUCAUCAAUAACACGCGAAUGGUCUCAAAACAGCAACAAGUGGAGGAAAAAAUUUGAGAAGCUGGUCAUUGCUGAUGAAAGUAAAAUAACCAGGGUUAGAAAUAUUAUUUAUGUGAAUGAUCCAGAAUUCCGCAUUGCAAAGGGAAGUGAUGGUACUGAAAUCUUCUUGGGGCUGAGAGAUGAUGGCACUGAAGUUGCUAUUAAGAAAAUGUCAAAAUAUGACAUCAACUAUCAAGUGCUGAAGAACGAGAAGAAUAUUCUGCAACUUCCAGAGCUGGAUCAGCCAUUCAUUGUACGAUACAUUGACUUUGCAGAGGAUGAGAACUUUGGUUAUCUUUUUCUGCAACUUUUUGAAUGCACCCUGGAAAAAUACAUUAAGAUUUGUUUGACAGACGAGCUAUUUCUAAUUGUGCGUUACAUCCUCAAAAGUGUAAAGGCGCUUCAUGGUCAGAAUCCUCCAAUUCUUCACCGAGAUCUCAAUCCACAGAUUUUUUGGAUUGAUGUUACCAAAAGGGUCAGACUGGCUGGUUUUGGCUUAUGUCGCCGGUUACCUGGUGGACAAACAACUUUGUACAUACGCUGUGUAGGAACAACAAACUGGAUGGCCAAGGAGACUUUGACAGGAGAAGAUAAUGUGCCAUACAACUGGAGCACUGAUAUACAGGUGGCGGGGAUGCUGAUUUAUUAUAUCCUCUCCAGAGGAAACCAUCCUUUCGGUGAAACCAAUGAAUGUCAGAACAACAUUCGUGAAGGGAAGUACAGUUUGGGCCAUGUUCGAGAUGUGGUAGCAAAGGAUCUCAUUGAGAUGAUGAUUGAUGGAAAACCAGAGAACAGACCUACAGCACAAGAAUGCUUGACUCAUCCCUUCUUCUGGCCCAAGGAAAAGAAAUUCGAAUACUUGAGGAGGAUUGCAAACAGGAAGGGGGUGGCAAUGUUUAAAGAGGCCUCCCAGGAAUUAAUUUCUUCACUGGAAUCACAUGCUGAGGAUGGAUACUUCAAAGAUUGGAAAGAUAAGUUUCCAAAGGAGUUGGUCCAGAAGAUGGAUGGCAAGAAGAAAGAGCCCUGUAACUAUGAUAAUGUGCUGGCAUUGCUGCGCUUCAUACAAAACGCCUGUGAGCACCAGAAAUCAGAAUACUUGAUGAGGAUUGCCAACGGGAAGGAGGUGGCAAAGUAUCUGGAUGCGACCAAGGAAUUAAUUUCUUCACUGGAAUCACAUGCUGAGGAUGGAUACUUCAAAGAUUGGAAAGAUAAGGAGUUGGUCCAGAAGAUGGAUGGCAAGAAGAAAGAGCCCUGUUACUCUGACAAUGCGUUGGCAUUACUGCACUUCAUACAAAACCUCAGUGAGCACCAGAAAUCAGGAUACUUGAGGAGGAUUGCCAACGGGAAGGAGGUGGCAAAGUAUCUGGAUGCGACCAAGGAAUUAAUUUCUUCACUGGAAUCAUAUGCUGAGGGUGGAUACUUCAAAGAUUGGAAAGAUAAGUUUCUACAGUUGGUCCAGAAGAUGGAUGGCAAGAAGAAAGAGCCCUGUUACUCUGACAAUGCAUUGGCACUACUGCGCUUCAUACGAAACUUCCAUGAGCACCAUCAGGAGUACAUGGACAAAGUUGAUGUGAUGUCACAGUUCCCUGAUCUCUUUGGAUGUGCUUAUAAAUUUGCCAAAAGCCUAGGGUGGAAUUCAGAGACACCUCUGAAACAAAUGUUUACAAUCGAAGAUGCCAGAGGUGUAAUUCCACCAACAAACCCUGAGGAGCAUCUCAGCGUCCCAGUUCGAGAAUCUCAAUACACUUUCACAAAACCAAUCCCUGCCGCAAAGAGCUGAUUUCAAUGAACAUCUGCUAAAUGCAUAAUAUGGAUGUACAUAUCACAAAAUUCAUCCCAGGUCCAGAAACUGCAAUCUUAGGUCAUUCAGUACUGUGUUAUAAUAGUUAAGAAAUCAAAAUUUUCCACCACUACUAUCAUUUUGUUCUGCACACCACAGGACCCGGCUGUCUGCCCCGUCUUUCUCACCUGCAGUAAGGUGAAGUCUGGGUGAAAGGGGGGGUCGGGUAACAAUAGGUCCCUCGUCCCUGGAGCACAGCAUGAAGCAUAAACCUGCUGCAAUUAGGAGAGGAGGGGGAGGAUAAGUCGAGUUCUGGGUAGCAGAGAUUUAUCACUCUUAGCCUCAAAAUCUGGUGUUUGGUUAUGUUUAGACCAAUUAUGCCUGAUAUCUGAAAAAAGAGUAACUAAGAUUCAAAUCAGACAUUGUUUGACCUAAUGAUAAAUGCUAAAAUUUUCAUUGAUGAUUGCUCAGCUCCAGAUUUUGAUCGAUUCAUUGAUUUGAUCGCCUAUAUACUUUGAUUUUGAUCCCCAUUGGUGUUUAUUCAUUUCACGUUGUGAAUGCAUUUGAAAUUUUAUGUUUUCAUAUGUUGGGAUAAUAAAUA